CCUGACCCACACCUUGUCCUUUCCCCUCGCUUCCAGUUUCAUGUCUGCAUUGCUUCUACUUGAGGGCUUCUGCUUUAGCGACGCCUCACCUUCUCCUGAAUCAUCCUCCUCAUCUUCGACCUUUAGCUCCUGCGUCCCGGCCGCUGUGUUGUCUUCCAGGGAUCUUUCCGUUUAAAGAGGAUGGGAUCUGGAGAUUGGCUUAAGACGAUAAUUCAUAGGAAGAAAACAAAGAAAGCUACGGUUUCAUCAAACUCGCAAUCAAAUGGCUUCAAGUUGAAGAAUCAAGCCUCUGAUCAUCCAAAUAAGCUACUAAAUAAUGGAGCUGAAAAUGGGAAUAUUGGAGAUGGUGUGACUGCUGAGGAUGCAGCUGCCAUUCGAAUUCAAACCUCCUUUCGAAGAUUUAGAGCAAGGAAAACUCUUAGGAGUCUGAGAAGAAAAGAAAGGUUGCAGGACUUGACGCAUCGCAAUUCUGUGCAAAAGCAGAUAUCAAACACUUUGAGACAUGUUCAAUUGUGGAGCAAAAUACAGGCACAGAUUAGAACUCGACGCACUAUGAUGGUUGUGGAAGGCCGCAUCAGGCAAAAGAAACAUGAGAACCAGUUGAAGCUCGAGGCAAAGCUUCAGGAUUUGGAGGUAGAAUGGAAUGGAGGCACCGAAACUAAGGAGGAAAUAAUUGCUAGGAUACAACAAAGGGAAGAAGCUGCAGUUAAGCGCGAACGAGCAAUGGCUUAUGCAUUCUCCCAUCAGUGGAGGGCAAGCUCAGGAAUCAACCAAGGGCCAUUUGUGUAUGAGCUAGCAAAAGGUAACUGGGAAUGGAGUUGGGUGGACAAGUGGAUUGCAGCACAGCCAUGGGAGACAAGGCCUUCUGCUCAGUCUCAAGUUAAGCCGGCUUUGAAAGCCAACAAGAACGCCAACCCCUCAACCCAGACAGUACCCACUUCAUCAAAGCUUGCAAACACCGAUGCAAAGGUUUCAAUCAAGAAACCUCCUAAGCAACCGGAUGAAGAUACUACUCUGAAGAUCAUAAAUACUGCUCGCCUGAGAAGCAAGUGUGGUACAUCAAAGCAAGAAGAACAACCUUCUCAAGGAGGGGAACUUGUCACAUGACUUAGUUAUAUAAAUAAUUGUGUGAAUUGAAAUUUGUUUAAGGUUUACCAAUUCAUGUCGACAAUAAGUGUUCAUUACUGCAUGAACAUGUAAAUGUUUUACAGAAUCUGUGUGAUAUGCAUUUGAAUUGAUGUGAGGCAACAAAGAGUUUGGUUGGAAA